AUGGAGUCCAAUCUGUCCCCCCCAAUCGCUGGUUCGUCUUCAACGAUCGUAUGUACAGAGAAAUUGCGUCAGGAGCUGGGAAGAACAACAAGAGCCAAGAAGCGGCAGAAAAAGGUUACACUGAAUUCUUACCCACGUCCAAAGUCGAGUGUCAAGCAGCGAAAGCACACCCAGUACCAAUAUCGCGGAGACGGCUCUAUCUCAUAUACCCUGCAGUACGUCCAACCUCCCAAAAACGCACAGCAAACCACGCACCGUCAACCACCCGAGCCUAUCCAGCCUGCGCUAGCAAUGACGCUAGAUGAUUUUGGUGAAUUUUCGGCCGAUAUGUCAUGCGGCGCUGACAAUGAUGCUCACUCUGAGAGGAAACAGGAUCGCUCCCUGUUCCUCCACGAGAUGCUACGACUCGAAGGCCGAGGAGAACUCAGUGCAGGGCCAUGUUCUGGAUGUUGUUACCCACAUCCGGAAUAUCGUUGUCAAGACUGCUUUGGGAUCACUCUAUGUUGUGCGUCCUGCAUGGUGACGGCCCACACCCAUCACCCGCUGCAUCGGCUGCAGAAAUGGAAUGGAGAAUACUUUGAGUCAGCAAGCCUGAAGACCCUCGGUCUCCGGAUCCAGCUUGGACACAUGGCCGGUCAGACUUGUUCCAAUCCUCGUCGCGCAUUCAAUGAUGACUUUGUCAUCAUGGAUUCUCAUGGCGUUCACGAGGUAGCUUUGGAUUUUUGUGAUUGCUCCCUGGCCACAACCCACAUUCAACAGCUCCUCCAUAUGUCACUAUUUCCGUCAACAACAUCUGACCCCAAGACUGCGGCAACAUUUCGCCUUCUUGAAGAAUUCCAUCUCUUGUCAUUUGAAUCGAAAGUGUCGGCAUACGAGUUUUUUAAUGCGUUGAUGCGGAGGUCUGACAAUACGGGGCUGAGUCCCAUCAAAGAACGAUACGACCAAUUCACGCGGAUGAUUCGCGAAUGGCGACAUCUCAAGAUGCUCAAACAGUCUGGGCGACCUUAUGAUCCCAAAGGGGUUGAUUCGACUCCCGAGGGUGGAUGCGCUGUUUUGUGUCCGGCCUGUCCACAGCCCGGCAAGAACUUACCUGCUGACUGGAGAGAGGCUUCCCCUACUGACCGGAGUAGCUGGCUAUAUGGGCUGUUUGUGGCCAUCGACGCAAAUUUCCGGUUGAAACGGAAAGUGGUUUCAAAGGAUAGUGUAGACCCCAGCCUGAGUUGUGGCUGGGGAUACUUUGUCGAAGAACAUGCGUACAAGGCUUUCCUAGACGACAAAUCCAACAUUAGUCAAGAGAAGUCUACAUGCUCAAGUCACAACGCGGUAAACAGUGCAGACACCAAAUCCAGUCAUGGGCUUGCAGCUACGGGGCUGGGGACCAUUGAUUGCGCUCGCCACAACAUGAAAUUACUGACCGCAGUUGGAGACCUCCAGAAAGGAGAAAGAUAUGUAAAUAUGGAUUACCUCUUCUUCUCGACCCUUCGCCACACCGCUGUGGAUAUCCUUAACGUCUUGUAUGAUAUAGCAUGCCAGUGGAACAAGCACUUAUGGCACCGUAUGGCCUCAUUCCCCCCCUCGAUGCAACUGGACCACACCGCUAAGAAGGUCACCUUUUUCGUGCCGAAAUUUCAUUUGCCAGCUCACAUUGAAUCAUGUCAAACAAGCUUCUCAUUCAAUUUUGCGCGCAGCCGAGGAUGGGCGAAUAUAAACCCCGUGGCAUCGAGCACGAAAGAAAUGGGCCCAGGCGCGAGACGAGACACCCUUGAUGAUUUCUUUGGGGACUGGAAUUGGAAGAAAAUUACUGGUCUACGUCGCACUAUGCUACGGAAGGUGAAAGAAGCCUUGCCCGAACUAUCUGAACACGAAGCAGCGCUGGACGACCUCGAAGAAGGACUGAAGGUGGAAUAUGCAGAGGCAUUGAGUAGAUGGAAAGAGCAGGUUGAGGCAUGGGAGCACGAUCCCUCCCAGCCGAACCCAUAUGAACGGAGCACAGAAAAGAUCACGCUUGCAUCUGUGCGCCUCGAACUUGCGAAAGAAGACACAUCAGAAAUCGAACGAGGCGGCUUCCACGAAUUGCAUGAAGAUUGUUCGCCCAGCGUGCUGAUCAGCGGCGGCCUAGAGCUAGAAGAGCAGCAGCGACGUCUUCGAGCUGAGAAGGCAGGUCUAGGGAUCCAUGCCACGGACAUUCAAGAAGGGAAGGUCGUUCAACGGAGUAAUAGUCUCCAACGUCGGAUCGAGGCCUGGGUCAAAGUCCAGGAGCUAUACAUGCCGAUGAUCGCGGCCUUACGACUGAAAAACAAGUCCAGUGGUGUUGUCAUCACUCCCGAGUCAUUUGAUCUUCUCCUUCCUUCACAAGUUGGCAGAACGGAUCCUUUCGACCUCAAAUUUCAGAAAAUUGAAUGGAGACUUCGAUUCGCACAAGCUCACGACACACUACGCUCGCUACGUUCUAAUCUACGUGCGCAAACCGCUAUCCUGAAAUAUAAGGAUCGUAAUCUCCGUGGUCAAGGCUCAAACACCCGAGCUUGUAACACGCUCAAAGGCGUUGACGCAAGAAUCGAGGCAGCAUCAACCCGAUACCAGGAUGCGCGCAGAGCGCUGGUGAUUCUUGCUCCCUUCGUCGAGGAGACGGGAUGGCAAGCCUCCCUACGUCCACUCGAUCGUCAAGAUAUUCGAGGGAUGUCGGAUGUCCUGUGGGGCGAGACUGAGGGAAGAAGAAAGCUUUCAUGGAUAUGGAAUAUGCGCAGUGCUCAUGGAGACGAGCUGGAUGAUGAUGGAUCUAUGGAAGGUAAGCUUACCAAUUUGUUCAUGCACCCUAUCUCACCGGCACUCUAUCCAGAUAUGCGAAUAGAAUGGUGCAAGGCCAGGGCGCGCGCUAUGCGGUGGAAGGAGGAGCUCGAGCUGUUACGAGAGGAGAUGCGGAGAACUCUGCAGUUCUUUGACUGGCAGGCGAUAGAGGGCCGGAUUGCAUAUGCUCGACGUCAAGCAGCCUUGCGUCGGGCACUGCGGGACACGUGUCAUUCCAGUUGGGCAGACACUUGCUCGUUCGUGGACCAGUUCCAUGGGGAAUCCUAG